UAAUAGGUACUCAUAGUCGCCGCUUCGCUGGUAGCAGCUAAUGCACAGCAUCACGGUCAAAGUCACGGUCACGCCAUUUCUUCUCAAUCAAUCAUCCGACAUGACAUCUCCCACGAUCAACAUAACUACCAUAACAUCCAAGCUGCUCCCAUAGUUCACCACGCUGCUCCCAUAGUUCAACAUGUUGCUCCCGUCAUCCACCACGCUGCUCCCAUUGUUCAACACGUAGCACCAGUCGUUCACCACGCUCCCGUCUACCACAGUGAACAUCACGAUUCUCAGGAUCACCAAGAUUAUUACGCUCACCCCAAAUACGAGUUCAACUACCAAGUAGCUGAUCAACACACUGGUGACAUCAAGUCUCAGCACGAAGCUCGUGACGGCGACCACGUCACAGGCUCCUACAGCCUGCACCAGCCCGAUGGUGCCGUACGCACCGUGCACUACAACGCUGACAAGCACAGCGGGUUCAACGCUCAAGUAGAUUACUCCGGUCACUCACAACACGUACAGCCAGCACAUCAUGUUCCUCAAUAUCACCACUAAUUUAUGUAAUCUCAUUUAUAUUAUUAGCAUUAAGAAAUAAACGAAAGAACAUUA